CUCAGAUGCUGCCUGACCUCUGUUCUUUUCCAGCAAUGCACUCUCUACUCCAGCAUCUGCAGUCCUCACAGUCUCCUUCCAGAUCUUGUGGGGUCAUUCUCCCUGGAUAGUUGCAAUGCUGGGUGGAUCCUAGAGUGGCGCUGUUCUUGGAUAGUUGAAAUGCCGGGUGGAUUGUUUUGGGGGUGCUGUUUGUGAUAGGUGUAGUGCCGGUUGGAUCCUGUGCGGGGGCGCGCGCUGUCUCCCAGUGGUUGCAGUACAUACAAAGUCCUGUGAGGGCGCUGUGUGUGCGUGUGCGCGAUUGCGCGCCUGCGCACCGCUACUGUCAAUAACAACAACAACAACAACAACUGGAGGCGGCGGUGGGAGUUGGGCCCCGAUUCUAGGCCUGGAUCGUUGUGUGGUCUCCGAACACUCGCACUUCACUGUGGAAGAAUUCAUAUUACUGCAUCAUGGCUACAGAGGAUUCAGGGUCUCCAUCAAAAUCUGUGUGUAAAAUCAUGACUUUCCAGCCCACAAUGGAAGAGUUCAAAAAUUUUUCGAAAUAUAUUGCAUACAUGGAAUCCCAGGGUGCACAUAGGGCUGGCCUCGCAAAGGUGAUUCCACCAAAAGAUUGGAAACCUAGAAGAAAUUAUGAUAACAUUGACAGUUUGGUUAUUCCUGCUCCAAUUCAACAAAUGGUCACUGGGCAGUCUGGUCUCUUUACCCAAUACAACAUACAGAAAAAACCAUUGACAGUAAAGGAAUUCAAAUGCUUGGCCAACAGUGAUAAAUACUGUACUCCUCGACACUUAGAUUAUGAAGAUCUUGAACGUAAAUACUGGAAAAAUUUGACCUUUGUAGCACCAAUUUAUGGAGCCGAUGUCAGUGGCAGCCUUUAUGAUGAGGAUGUCAAUGAGUGGAAUAUCAGUCGUUUGAAUACUAUUUUGGAUGUGGUAGCAGAAGAAAGCGGCAUAGCUAUUGAAGGUGUAAAUACACCAUAUUUGUACUUCGGCAUGUGGAAAACAACAUUUGCAUGGCAUACUGAAGAUAUGGAUCUGUACAGCAUUAACUAUCUGCAUUUUGGAGAGCCAAAAUCUUGGUAUGCGGUACCUCCUGAACAAGGGAAGAGGCUAGAACGUCUUGCACAAGGUUUCUUUCCGAGUAGUUCCCAAGGAUGUGAUGCUUUCCUACGUCACAAGAUGACUCUUAUCUCUCCAUCCAUACUCAAAAAGUAUGGCAUCCCUUUUGAUAAGAUUACACAAGAAGGAGGGCAGUUCAUGAUCACUUUUCCCUAUGGGUACCAUGCUGGCUUCAAUCAUGGGUUCAACUGUGCUGAGUCAACAAACUUUGCCACCAUUCGAUGGCUUGAUUAUGGAAAAAUAGCUAAACAAUGUACCUGCCGGAAUGACAUGGUGAAGAUAUCUAUGGACAUCUUUGUAGAAAAAUUUCAACCAAGCAGGUACACGCUGUGGAAACAAGGGAAGGACAUUCAAACUAUUGAUCACACAAAACCUACUCCAGAAUCAACUCCUGAGUUGGAGGCUUGGCAGAAACAAAGAAAGGCUACACCAAGAAAAUCUGGAAUGUCUUUGAGGAGUCUCUAUCAGUUGCGAACUCGAUCUAAAAAGCCAAAAUCUCUAGAAGAUGAAACAACAUCAAGCAAACCUGUGCCUAAAGAAGCAACUACAACUGAAGCAUUUAAUAAUGCUAUAAAUGUUAAAGAAGAGCCCAGGAACGGGGCACAGAAAGAACAGACUAGCAAUACAGAAGUAACGAGUACUGAAGAAGAUAGUGUUGAGGCAAUCCAGUUGGAUCAGAAACUGUUGGAUAAAGCUCAGUUGCUUGAAACUGAUACCAAUCUUGCCAGCACCAGAUGCAAAAAUAAAGGUAAUGGAAAGAGAAAACUGGAUGACAGUUUAUCACUAACAUCGACAGAUGCAUUUGGUGCAGUCAACAAUUCUUCAGAACGUUCAAGUGUUGACAUUAAAGUGGAGAGCAGCACAGCCAAGGAUCCGCUGAUGUGUAAACAGGAGGAUGUGUUCUAUGAGAAGGCCAAAUUAUGUCAGAAAUCAUUUGAUGAUAUUGCCACAGAUAAUGAACAGAGCUGCUGGAAACGACGCGAAACUGGCAGUGUCUCCACAGAGGAGGAAACCAGCGAAGCAGAGAGUGGAGAAAAUGGCUUAGAGCCUGGAGAAAUACCAAGUUUUCCAGAACAGUUCAUCAGAAACGUAGGAAAAAAGAAAUCUGCCAAGAGUCGACGGCAUCCGUUGUGCAAACCACCUGCUAGAUCUCCAUCAACUCUGGUCAAACAAGAAUUGAUUAGCGAUGAAGAAUUGGUUGAUUCCACAUCCAAUGAAGAAGAGGUAAAUGAAACUCAGCCUUGGGCCAAACCUCUUGUACAACUCUGGCAGAAUAAACCACAUAAUUUUCAAGCAGAGAAAGAAUAUAAUGAAGAAGUCUCGAAAAUGGAACCAUAUUGUGCCAUUUGCUCACUUUUUUUUCCUUAUUACCAGUUAAGCACCAGAAAGAAGAUGAUAGAUGAGCAAAUUUUCAAGCCUGAUCAUCUCGUGGAAAGCAAAUCUGAAAUCAAAACUGAUACAACUGAGUUGUCACCAUCCAAGCAACAUAAAACUAAACCGCUUAUUCCAGAAAUGUGCUUUUCAUACAGUGAAGAAAGUAAUGAUCUCUAUCCUACCAAUUCAUUUAUUGAAGAGGAUGGAACUAGUUUGUUGAUAUCCUGUGCAAAAUGCUGUCUACAAGUUCAUGCAAGUUGUUAUGGUGUUCCUCUUCAUGAAAUCCAUGAUGGUUGGACCUGUUCUCGUUGUAUGAUUGGUGCUUGGACUGCAGAUUGUUGCCUUUGUAAUUUGAGGGGUGGUGCACUUAAGCAGACUACUGAUAAAAGGUGGGCUCAUGUGAUGUGUGCAGUUGCAAUUCCAGAAGCAAGGUUUGUGAAUGUGGUGGAUCGCAGUCCAGUGGAUGUCACCCGAAUCUCUUUGCAAAGAUUGAAGCUCAAAUGUGUCUUUUGUAGAAAGAGAGUUAAGAAGACUUUGGGUGCUUGCAUUCAGUGUUCAUAUGGACGUUGCCCAACAUCCUUUCAUGUAACUUGUGCCCAUGCAGCUGGAGUCAUAAUGGAACCAGAUGACUGGCCAUAUGUAGUCCUUAUCACAUGCUUCAGACACAAGACAAAUCUCAGCGUAAAAAGCAAAACUUUAUUUCAAGACUUAACAGUUGGGCAGACAGUCAUCUCUAAACACAAGAAUGGACGAUACUAUAGUUGCAGAGUGACUGGGAUUUCAUCGCAGACCUUCUAUCAAGUUAUAUUUGAUGAUGGUUCCUUCAGUGAUGAUCUGUACCCAGAAGAUAUUGCUAGCAAAAAUUGCUUAGAGCUUGGUCCUCCAGCUGAAGGAGAAGUUGUCCAGGUGAGAUGGACUGAUGGACUGCUUUAUGGAGCCAAAUUUGUGUCAUCAAACAUUAUUUACAUGUACCAGGUUGAGUUUGAAGAUGGUUCCCAACUUGUAGUAAAACGUGACGAUGUUUAUACACUAGAUGAAGAGCUACCAAAACGGGUCAAAUCUCGCCUUUCUUCAGCCUCAGACAUGCGCUAUGAAGCUACAUUUUCCACAGAGAACAUUCAGGCGAAGAAACGCCCAAGGGUCCUGAAUUCCAAAUUCAUGAACGAGUACGUGGAUGAUCCUGGUUAUCGUACCUUCUUGGGAAACUUCUUCCAAACACAUUGCCGCCAAGGACAAUAAAAUCAUGCUGACAGCCAAAGAGAGAGCUAUUUUGAUCAGGAUAUUGAUUGAAAAGUCUGACAAAUGUUUUGGAUACAGUAACUUUCAGUAUAUUGCAUUGUAAUACAAAUUUUAUGUGCAAGUUGAGGGAUUGAAGUUAAUUCGUUGUAUAAUGGACUUAAGGCCUCCCUCCAUCCCAGUCCUCCACCCUCUUUUGAAGAACAUAAAGGGACGAAGAAAUAUCUGGAAAUUUCUUCUCAGAACAAGAACUUUUACUGAUAUGAAUGAUUUUUCAAGAGUCUCAAAAUAGGUUCCUAUUUGGGCCCUACGUUUAAAAAAAGUAACAUGCUUAUGUGUACUAAAAUAUUUUUUAUAUUAUUAUUGCUACAGUUUCGAGUAGCAUCUGUUGUGCUUGUUUUUAGCCUUUUAAUUUUAUUGACACUGUUAUGGAAUCACUCUUACUCGGUUCUUUCGCUUUUAUUAAGCUGAACUUUGCAAAAGAGAAAGAAAGUAUCCAUUGCUACCUGAUGGCAGGGUUUUUUUUAUAUUUAAUAAAAGACAGAUAAGUGACAGAUAGUUUGCAAACAAGUACAUUUUAUGUUAUUUGGUACUCAUCAGUUAUAAAAGAAACUCUUGAGGGUUUUAAAAUUAUCAGGAAUUCUUUUCUAUUCUGUAAAACUAGAUAACUGCUUUCUCAAUGAGGUAAAAUGCAUAAGAAUCCUGCAGCAUUUUUGAAGUAGAUGUUAAGGAUGUUUUUAGUAAGAAUCCUUUGCCACACUUAAUCCUUUCCCUUUACCAUUUAGGUGAGCGAGUUAAUGCAGAUUAUAGGUCAGCCCCACUCAGGAUAAAGGGUUUAUACUUGAGUGAUUAACUAUAGCAAAGGUGUGUGAAGUUCAAAUCAUUUGAAGUGCUCUUUAAAACCAGGAACCACAGCUCCUGUAUUAUAGCUGUUUGGCGUAAUUGUUACUUUAUGGUUAUUUAAUGUGAUUUUCCUCUUUAAAUACACUAAAGUUUAUGAAUGGGCAGAGUAGAAUAAAACCGCCAGCACUGAU